AUGACAAAGCGUAUUCCUACUGCUCCCCGCCGACCCAACCUAUGCAUGAAUGCUGUUCUUAAUAGCACAAUUGCAGGUGUUGUUGCUCCAAUUGAUACACCAACUCCAGAAGUAGCAGUUGACACAGCCCCUGAAGUUCAAGUCGCUGUGACCCCAAUGGAUCACUUCCUUACCUUUUUGGCAGCCAACAAUGUGUCGAUGCAAUCCUUGCAAGAAAAUGCAAAAGGAGUGACUGAUGCAAUAACUCAUUUGAAGAAUGGCCUGGAUUUGUCCAACAAGACAAAUGAAUUUUUGAAGAACUCGGUCCUUCAGCUCAUGACUGAAAAUGCUGAAAUAAAAAAGGCAAUGACCAGCCAAAAUUCCGUGAUGCCUUCUGCUGUACCAGCGGAUUCUUCUUCUUCCAUGGAUGAUGAUCUUGACCUUGGAGCGAAACAUCAUCCCUUGAUUUCUGUAAUUAUAUCAAGAAACCGAACUUUGUUAGCACAGACCCGCUCAAAGUUGCUGAGAAUAAUAAUAGAUCAGCAUGGUCAAUGA